CGUUGAAGUAAUCAGACUCAGUCGCGCUGUCAAAUAUUUGCAAACGGCUGCCGAUACAUGCGUGCGUGAGUUCUCGUGUGUCACUCUGGUUUUAGAUGGCACGCGGCGCUGACUAACUAGCAUCUUCGUUCAGGAUGGACAUGGCACAUAUUGCCAAGACUCACAUCGGACCUUCAGGGGUCCUGGAGGAGCACCGCAGGGAGUUGGUUGGCAUGAACGAGGAGGCCUUCCUGAAGAAUCUAUACCUUUUCAUGAAGAAGCGAGAUACACCCAUUGAGAGGAUUCCUCAUUUGGGCUUCAAACAAAUUGACCUAUUUGUGAUGUUCAAAACAGUCAGAGACCUAGGAGGCUACCACCAGGUGACAGCUCAGCAGCUCUGGAAGCAGGUCUACAACUCGCUUGGAGGGAACCCUCGCAGCACGAGCGCCGCCACCUGUACCCGCCGUCAUUAUGAGAAGCUGCUGCUGGCAUAUGAGUGCCACCUGAAGGGAAUGCCGAUGAACAUGGUGUCUCCACACGCAGUGGAGCACUACCACCAUCACGGAUACAGUGUGGAAGACAUGGACGGUUCCAGACCAGCCAAACGCAAGAUGAUGUCACUGCCGCUGCACCAUCAGAAUCAUCCCAACCUCCCACCAGGUCCUCAUCACAGCAUCUUUCCUCUCCAACUCCACCCACCCCAUUACUAUCACCCAAGCCACACCAUUCUGCCACCUUAUGUUCCCAUCUCCGGUUCCAUGAUGACUUCACACAGACCUCAGAUUGUCCCCCCGCCCAAAAUACCCUUCCCUCCCUGCAGUCCGGCCCCGGCCGACCGAGUGAGGCCGCUGGAGCACUUGCGCUUCCUGUCUGAGCAGUACAAGUGUUCUUCUGGACUGAGCGAGCCCCUCAACCUUAGCAUUAAAGCAGAGAGUCAAACAAUGGAGCGGAAUCCCAAAUCCUCAUUCUCCCCACCCUUGGCCAACAAGAACCCAAAGUUUCUGAACACGCCAUGCUCUCUGUACAAGCAACUGUACUCGCAGGCAGAGAGGAAGAAGCCGGAUGAGGCGGCUACAGUAGAAGUCAAGGCCCGGGAGGACUAUGUGGUGGACCUCACCUCCAGCAGUAGUCCAGAGUAUGAAGCCGCCCUAAAAAUGAGGACCGACAACAGUAUCUGCAUUGCCAAGCAGAGCCCAAUGGAGUACAGGAGUCAGACAGAAGAUCAAGAACAGGGUUCAGUGUCUGACAGGCGAAACGUCAGCCACAUGCUGCCUGUCCCACCUUCCGAAAACAACGGCAAAAUGGAGAUCGAGAUCCCCCUGUCAGUGUUCCACAACUGGCUGCGGACGUAUGGCCCGCCGGGUGCAACCCACGACGCCAAGCAGCUACCUCACUUCUUGCAGGAGGCAGCACAAAGAGGCAAAAACAUGCCACCAGGACAAUUAUCAUUUCACCCUAACUCCCAUCAGCAGAACGUCACAGAUCUCAGAGUGCCUGGCAGAAAAGUGCCAAGCCCAAAGUCCACUGGCGAGAUGUCUGCUCUGCUCCACAACCGCAGUCAGAAUCAUUUCACCAGCUACACAGCACCUCCCCCAUCCACUAGCGCUUCAAAACCCACCGGCAGUCUGGACGGUUCUCAGUUUCCCCAGCCAGAAGUGACGUCAUCUAGCGGACCUAAACCCUUUUCUUUUUGGGAGGCCUCCACCAAAGACAAGCAACCACCCAAAAGCCCCAGCCCGAUUCCGCAGGACCUCACGAUGACAACAACCCGUCACAGAGACAGCGAUCCAAACCGGAAGGCAGCGGAGUUGAACAAAUCGCCGCCAACCGCGAUGAAUUCCAACUCAGCUGCUUCAAUGCUGCACCUCACUAGUGAGGAGGUGAUGAAGCUAAAAAAAAUCAUCUCCAGCUCCACGUGUCGCUCAAUAUGAAGGGAAAUUAAAUAUAAAAAUGCGAACAUUCAGUGAAUGCUAACAUCUAACGCGUAAAAGCGCUAGACGAUUAAUUAGCAUGGAUUAUAGCCUUCAUAAACUGCUCCUACAGUACUGUAUAAAACAUAUGGAGCAGCAACGAAUAAAACAUCGGGAACAAAAACACUCAUCGAUUUCUCUCUGCUCUACGAAUAACGGACUUUACCUUUUACACUGUAAAAAAAAUUUUUGAGAAAGAAAAAAAACUACGCUAUGGAAUAAGGAUGAACGGGUUCACUAACUAUGCAUACUGUGAUGUAAAUAAAGUCUGGAUUGGAUUAUAAAUGUCUUUGGAUACAAAUAACUAGUAUUGCACCGAUACUAGUAUCGGUACCGAUACACAGUGGCGGACUUGGCAAUUUUGGGGCCUAAGGCGAACAUAUCCAGGGCCCCUC